AUGGGUGAUAGGAUCGUUUUGGAGUCGCAGCAGCGCUCCCGUGCAGUCAUGAGUGGAAAGGACUUAACCGAUCAUAAUAUGAUUCGGCAGGUUUUGAGAAUCUGUCAGAAGAUUGAAUCUCAGGUUGCCUCAUUAACUAGGCUAGAGGCGGAGAACAAUAGGUUAACUGCAUCGUUAAACCACGUUGAGACAAAUUUCCUCACGCUUUUGCGGACAAGCCAGAUCGAGAUCGCGAAACUGAAACAUAAUCCUCAGAACACUGCGAAAAGGCGGGUUUGGAUUAAGAUUCUUGCAUUUGUUUUCAGUUGUGCACACAGCAAUCAUAGGAGCAAAGGCAUAAGUACACUUGAUCCACGUCGAGUAAUUGACCAUGAGGAUCUGAUUGAGUGCCUUCAUACACCUCUGAACUGCAAACGCACGACAGACGGCAAGCACGUUGUCGGUUUGAGAUGUGGAGGCCGAAGCUUCUCGCCCAGUUCGGCCUCGUCAACUGCUAGUUUUAGUUCUUCCAGUAGUUCUCUCUCCUCAUCAUCUGCGUCAGCUUGUCAGAAACAGCCUCGUUCAUACCAGCUUCGACAUUCGCUGCCUCUACCCACCUCAGCAUCUCGUCGACCCUCGGAUUUUGUUAGUUCCCUCAAUUCUCCGAGUGGAUCUCGAAACCACUUCUCCGCCGAAAAUGACCAUGUGCUUUCUCGAAAUUAUAACUCCUCGAGUUGUUUGGUUUCUAAAUCACGAGUCUCUAUACCUUUGGAGCCCGCCCUCUCUGCUCCUGUUAGCGAGGUUAAAUUGAGGGAGCCAAAAGUAACAGAGAGACACCUUAAACCUACCAUGGCAGAUGCGUCAACAGGGAUUGAGAAUGGGCCCGGGGCUCAUCUGAUGCGUCUUGUGCGGGCCUCUAUCCGUUCGUCCCGCGAACACCAUUCUGCCUCUGUGAAGUUCGCUCCACCCACAAGAGGAAAAUGCCUAGAUGAGAGUGAGAAAGCCAUUGUUGAUGCUUAUUUUCACGCAGAAGAGGAACGUUGCAUGUUGGCUUCAAAGCGUCCUCGUAGCCAUAGUCCUCAGCGCAGUCUACUCUUUUCUCCAACCCUGUUUGCGCGACGUCGGAUGCUUAAACAUAGCUCCCUCUGUAGUCCGGACCAGUCUUUAUUGUGCAACAUCAACGUCAACGUCAGUUCUAGAGCACCUCAGAGCACCAAUGCUAAUCAUACGGAGGCGGCAUUGAAGAGGUUGGGAAGCGCGUCCUAUCCCGUUUCAUCUGCUUCAGCUGCUAUAGGUACGAGUGCGUCUCGUACUCCUGAGGGCGAGUCGAAGUAUCAUUGCGCUGACGGUGAGGGGACGGAGGUGAGGGAGAAAAAACAACAGCCAAUGAUGGAUGCUAAGACGGAGGUGGUGGAGGUGACGGAGAGGGAGCAAGAGCCCUGUCUCGAUGGACAUGAGAGCCGCGUCGUCGACUCUCCGCACAUAGAAAUCGAGGACAACGUCUCUGAACUCGAUUCACAUCCCGAUGCAGGACAGGAUGAAGCAAUGUCAGAGGGUGAAGUGAAUGAUGAGGAAGACGAUGGGAUAGAUGAUGAGAUUUGUGGCGAGCGGCCAAACAACAAUAACAACAGUCACAGGAGGGUUCAUCGCGGUGAGCACAAUCGUGAUUACCGGUGUUUGCGCCAUCACACCGACUGCAGCACCGCUCUGCGCCACUCGUCACCGAAGUCGAUACAGCAUAAAACGCGCCAUCGAGUUAUUACCUCUCACGAGCGCCGUCGUAACGGUGAGGGGCUUGUGGAGUCGAUGCCUUCGAAACGCUCCCGACGGCUCCCUGAUGAGCGAGAGAGCUAUGUGCGCUUCCGAAAAUCACCGUCCAGACGUGUCCAAAAGCACCCUCGGAUCUCCGUCUCUCGUCCACCUGUCUCUAUCUCUUUUCGCCGGUUCCUCUCAACCAGUAGUGGAGGUGAGAAAUUUGGGAAUGUCAUGGUACAUCGGACCCGACAUUCCCCAGCUUUUGUAUCUCAUCGCUCCUCCGAUUUGGCAUUUCGCAGCUCCCGCCGAGCCGCAACUCAACGAUCAUUCGUGCAUCGACGAUAG